AUGUUGAAACAAAACGAUACAAGAGCAAAGCAUUACCAACUGGUAUUAAAGCAUUUUAAAACAACUGCUGCUGGCUGGCUUCGAAACCUACUACUCCUGCAUGGAUGUCUGACACCUUAACCACGUUGCGCAGCUGCAUCAUGAGCUGAAUCUGAAGGAUGAGCUCCUGCAGUUUUACACCAGCGCUGCUGAGGAGACUGAAGAUGCUCCGUCCCCAGUCCUGCAGAAGAAAGCCAAGACCUUUGCGGUGGAGAACGAGGAGCUUUCUCAACACCUUUCAGCAGCUAAAGACGCUCAGAGACAGCUGACCGCAGAGCUGCAGGAGCUGCAGGAGAAGUACUCGGAGUGUGUGGAGAUCCUGCACGAGGCUCAGGAGGAGCUGAAGAACCUGCGCAACCGCAGCGCACCGGCAGGAACACCCCGACGAUACCAUCAGCUGGGCCUCUGCCCCAUGGACUCUCUGGCUGCUGAAAUCGAGGGAACCAUGAGGAAGGAGCUCAGCUUGGAGAAUCCUGAUGAUGAAGAGCAGAGGGUCCGUCAUAAGCGUGUGUUUGAGACGGUGAAGAGCAUCAAUCAGUCCGGCAGACGGAGCUCCUCUGCUGAUUCGCCAUCAAACAUCCCGGGGUCCAAUCAGACGCUCCCGUCUCCUGGCUCCGCCCACUCGGACAGCAGUGCAGCUCUGGAUAACCGAACACAGAGUCUGAUGCAGGAGAGCGACUGCGCACACACACCUGUCUCAGAGAAGCGCUCGGGCUCAGAGGAGCUCCAGCGGGCGCUGCGGCGUCUCUCUCUGCGCCGGCAGAACUGUCUGAGCGAGCGGAUCUACUUCGAGCGGCGGAGGGAGAGUCUGAACCUGACCGACUCACUGCUCCACUGCGACAGCAUCAUGUCCUGCUGGACCAGCCGACCAUACCUGCCCAACAAACUGCAGAUAGUCAAGCCUCUGGAAGGCUCUGCCACCCUCCAGCACUGGCAGCAGUUGGCGCAGCCUAAUCUGGGCGGGAUCCUGGACGCUCGGCCCGGUGUUCUGCCUAAAGGCUUCCGGCCGCUGGAGCUGGAGCUGGAGCAGGUCUACCCCUACCCCGAAUACGAGGAGGACGAGCCGGGGGAGCAGUACUUCCAGAACCUGCCCACCACCACAGCAGCAGCCAAUCACAGCGCUGCUCCAGUACACAGCCACGCCCCCUCAGCCUCACCCUCGCCCUCCUCAGCUCAGGCCACGCCUCCAUUGAGUUCUCCAAUCUGUCUAUAUGUGUAUUUUCCAGGUAAAUGCAUGGCUCACACCAGUUCCACAUACACCUUCACCACCUGUAAGAUCCUGCACCCGUCUGACGAGCUGACGAGGGUGACGCCCAGGCCCCGGGGCGCCGGAGGGGUGCUGUUCUCCACAUGCGUCCCCCCAGCUCCACCUGCAGACCCUCAGCGGCCCUCCACCCCGCCAAACUCCCCCACUCGUGGCCCCGGGCCCCCGCACACACAGCAGCUCUUCUCCUUCAAGAGCCCGACCCAUGAGAACUUCCUGGCCUCCAGACCGGCGCGAUCGCUCUUGCAGGAGGUGUCCGGGGCUCCGGCUCGAGACUGCGAGAGCCAGACUGACGUCAGCAUGUACAGCCUCAACCUGGUGGAUAAGCUGAAGCGCCUGGGUUUGGCCAGUCCGGGGGCUGCCGGGCCUCCGGGGCCACUCCUAGCUCCGCUGGGGCUCCGGAGAGCUGCUUCUCCCUUCAGUCCCCUCAACGAGGGGAUGCGGAGGAACCGCAGCUACCCGGCGAUGGUCGGGGCCAGUAUGGCGAUGAAGGGCCCUGGCCCUCAGGAGGAGCAGCUGCUGCUGGCCCCCAAACUACCCAAACAGACCAGUCUGAAAUGACCACACAUAAGCAUACUGCAGGGGCAGUUCACACACAAAUCAAACCGCUCAUCAUCCACUCUGCCUUCACUUGUUUUAGAGUCAACAGUGAGUGUUCUUCAUUUUUGGGUGAACUGCCCCUUUAAUGAACACACACACACUUCACUGACACAUGUAUUAAACACACACACACACACACACACACUCUUGCCUAAUAACGCACCAAAAACUGAACUCAAUUCUGUCAUGCUGUUCCAAACCUGUGUGGCUGUACCAAAGAGAUGAUUGAUCAUCAGUUAGAUCUAUACUAAUCUAGCAGAGCUUAAUUAACAUGACAUUUAAUGUGGAAUUUAUUUACUGUUCAGCAAAACUAUAUGUGUAUUUCACAUUAAUAUUCCACAGUAAAACAUUUUUAAAUUAACUUUUCAAAUCCAUGUGUUUGGUAAAUACACAUGAGAUAACAAAACAUUAUUAAUUAAUUAUUUAAUUAUUUAGAUUUAAACUGUAUAUUAGAAUAUAGUAUAUAGAAUAUUGUAUAUAGAAGUCCACAAAACUAUUUAAUAAAUAAAUAAAUGACGUUAAAUAUAAUACCAUUGAUGUAAAACUAUAAAUCUCACAAAUUACAACACAAACACAUGCAUCAAUAUGUGUCUGUGUAUUCCCCAGGCGAUUGGACAAUUGGACUUUUCAACACAAACCACCUUUCAUAAUGUGGACAAAAAUAACAAUAAUAAUUGUGCUUUGCUAAAUAAUGUCGCUCAGGUUUGGAACGAGCAUGAAUAUUUUUAAUUUAAAGUGAGCCAGUGUUAUUUUACUCCUGUGUGUUUGUAACCUCUGACCUCCAGCUUCUCCAGGCUGUUCUCCCGAGUGCUUCGCAAGACAGAUCUUCAUUAGUUAAUGAGUCUGAUGAGAUGUGGAUGACAGACAGGCUGAUUUCUGCUCAUCAUAACUGUAGUUUUUCCUGAAGGACUGAGAUGCUGCACUAGACUGAGCCCGCUAUUCAAUCAUUUCUGUAGUUUUGUUGUCUCGUGUCACUGAAAUGAGCACUUUGAUGGUGUUUUACUGAGUUUUUUGGCUUGAGAUGCUCUCAGGAGAAGCUUUUAGAGGAGAGACCCCGCAAUAAUGCUCUUUUGAGUUCUUUUACUUGCAAAUAAAAAUAAAUCCAGAGCUG